UUUUGUUUUGACUAAUGUUCCUAGUCGGAAUGUUAAUGUGUUACACGUCCCUCGCAUCACUUCCGCUUUUAAAAUAAAAACAACAAACGAGUUCUAGAUGCUUUAAAAAAUGAUGGCAGUGAACAGUUGUGUGACUGUGGUGCAGCUCGACUCUGUGGAUCAGCAGCAUCAGGCUGACAUUCACCUGCUACCCUGUGACAUUGAGCACGAUGGACUCGCCCAUGUGGACAAGUUUUUCACGCCUACAGUGAAAGAGAGAAAGCACGAAAAGACAGUGUCGUUUAGAGGUCGGGGGCUGAAGGGACAGGAAGUGACACACCCUGAGGGCUAUACAGGACUCGUGCUGACGGAGGUACAGAAACCAUCAUCUGACCAAGAAGACAGAGUUGUUAAGGUUUCGACAGUUUUUCAUAAUUUUACAUAUUGGAAUUUGGAGACACCUCCCACAUCAGAUGAUCGAGUCGUGAUGGCAAUGGCAUGGCCAAAAUUAGCCGAGAUGAUUCAUGCACCAGUGGAGGACUGAACACUUUUUCAGGACACUAUCAGAUCAGGUCAGCGUGCGAGACCUGAACACCUACGUGUCGAUUCUGACCAUCCUGGGAUUGUGUGAUAAUUUCAACAUGUUUUAAAUUUGUCAUAUUUAUGCAUUUUGUUUUUGUUCAUUUUCACACAAGUGUAAUAAAGAAAGUUGUAGAAAGAAAAUUA